CGUACUUCCUGCAGGGGCGGGCCCUCUCCCGGAAAUGGCUUUACUCCACACCCCGGGACUGCGCGUUGCAGCCUGCGAAGUUCGGCAUGAGAGUCCUUGCAAGGUUAGGCGUGGGGCCGCUGUGCUCCGCGGCUCGCGCGGUCAUUCCCUGUUUUUGGAGAGGGAAAUACUUCAGUUCCGGGAGAGAGCCGGCAGAAAACCAGGUGACACCAAUGCUGCGGCAUCUUGUGUACAAAAUCAAAGCAACUGGCCCCAUCACUGUGGCUGAGUACAUGAAGGAGGUCUUGACCAACCCCGCCAAGGGAUAUUACGUGUAUCGUGACAUGCUAGGAGAAAAAGGAGAUUUCAUUACUUCACCGGAAAUAAGUCAGAUCUUUGGGGAGCUGCUAGGUAUAUGGUUCAUUAGUGAAUGGAUGGCCACUGGAAAAAAUGCAGCUUUCCAACUGGUGGAACUGGGCCCAGGCAGGGGUACCCUCUUGGGAGAUAUUUUGAGGGUAUUCAGUCAGCUGGGAUCUGUGCUGAAAAACUGUGACAUUUCAAUACAUCUGGUAGAGGUGAGCGAAAAACUGAGUGAGAUUCAAGCAUUAACACUGACUGAAGAGAAGGUCCCUCUAGAGCGAAAUCCUGGAUCCCCCGCGUAUAUGAAAGGUGUUACUAAAUCUGGGAUUCCAAUUUCCUGGUACCGAGAUCUGCAAGAUGUUCCAAAAGGGUACAGCUUUUAUCUCGCGCAUGAAUUUUUUGAUGUUCUUCCUGUGCAUAAGUUUCAGAAAACUCCGCAAGGAUGGCGAGAAGUAUUCAUCGAUAUUGAUCCCCAAGCUUCUGAUAAACUGCGGUUUGUUUUGGCGCCUUGUGUCACCCCAGCGGAAGUCUUCAUACAAAGUGAUGAAACGAGGGAUCACGUGGAAGUGUGUCCUGAAGCUGGUGUAAUUAUUCAGGAACUUUCUCAACGCAUUGCGCUGACUGGAGGGGCUGCGCUGAUUGCCGAUUAUGGUCAUGAUGGGACUAAGACAGACACCUUCAGAGGGUUUUGUGGCCAUAAGCUUCAUGAUGUCCUUAUCGCCCCGGGAACUGCAGACCUAACAGCUGAUGUGGACUUCAGUUAUUUGCGCAGAAUGGCAGAGGGAAAAGUAGCUUCUCUGGGUCCAAUAAAACAACAGACGUUUUUAAAAAACAUGGGCAUUGAUGUCCGGCUGAAGGUUCUUGCAGACAAAUCAGAUGAGCCAUCCAGGCAGCAGUUACUUCAGGGGUAUGAUAUGUUGAUGAAUCCUAAGAAGAUGGGAGAAAGAUUUCACUUUUUUGCCUUGCUACCUCAUCAGAGACUUCAUGGUGGAAGCCAUCCGAUGAAUGUGUGUCAGUCAAAACCUUCUCCGUCACCUGUAGCUGGGUUUGGUGAACUUGCCUGGAGGUGAUAUCUCAAUGUGGACGUUUUACCCCUAAGUCUGCCUAAGAAAGCAAAAUAAAGGGAACCCAUUCACAUAUAUCACAGAUGAUAACCUACAAAGAACAACAGUUGUGCGGCAAAGUAUCAGUCCAUAAUGUGAAAUCCUUCCUUACUGACGUUAGCUCAUUGACAACUAAGGAUCUUCUUCCAUAUCAUCUGGAUUGGGAGCCAUAAUGAAGUGCUUUGGGUACACAAGAUUGUGGGUGUAUGCAUGUAUUUCCCAGCGGGCAUCGUCACUUUCGUGCGUAAUGUAACGUUCACCAAUGCGAGUUUCAAAUUCUCUAAGGUCAAGCCAAGUCUGAUAGUCCUAGAAAAAAAUGGAAUUAUAAACUAUAAAAGAAAUAAAAUACGUUGAACUUUU